UUUAGAAAUGAUAUUCUACUUUCAUUUUCAAUUCAGGGAAAAUGUGCCAGGCCUAAAUUUAUAUAGAAUAGAAUAGUGAAAAUAAAACAACUGGUAAUGUAAACCAAAUGUUAUAAAAUCUUGUCAAGAUGUGUAUGGGUCCAAUAGAUUUAUAAUUUGACAGCUGAAGGGAACAUGGCUUACUACAUACCCCCCAGUCAGUUAAACAGAGGACCAGCCAUAACAGAUAAUGCAGAUGUUCAGAUCAUUAAACAAUGUGUUCGAUAUUUGUCAGCGUCCAAUGGAAACACUGAAUCUGAACAAAAUUUACAGGCUGCAAUAGAACAAUGUCUUGGAAGAAAAUUCUCUGCAUCAUUGAUUCCAUUCUUAAAAAGUUAUCCAAAGAAUUUUGAAAUUGAAACAGAUGGAAGGAACAGUUUUAUCAGUGCUUUGACCAAGUUAGAACUUUGUCCUACACAUUGCUCAGGUCGUGGGACAUGUAGAGGAUCUCCUAUUUGUGACAAACUCCACAUUUGUAAGUUUUAUUUAUUGUCAAAUUCCUGUCAUGUAGCUAAAGCAGGCAAACUUUGUGCGUUUGGACAUGAUCUAACCACAGCACAUAACAAGGCAUUGCUCAGGGAUAAUUUUAUGGAUGAACUGAGAUUAGAAGAUUUACGGAACCUAUUCAGAAGUAUAAAGAGUAGAUGUCCGAUGACAACGCCACAAAUUUGUAAAUUCUAUAAUGUAGGGAAAGGAUGUUCUAAAGACAUGAGAGGGCAGCCUUGUCCAUUUUUACACCUGUGUAGAUUCUAUAUCAGUGGAACCUGUAAAUUUGGAAAAGGAUGUAGAAGGAGUCAUGACCUUCUAAACCAACAGGUCAAAGUUCUUCUAGAAAAAUAUGGCAUAAGUACACGUAGGAGUCCUAAGGAAGUUUUAGCUGACCUACAAGAGUGUGGAGUAUCACAGUUUGAAGACGACAGUGAUUCUGGAAGUGUGCAGUCAGCUACUGGAAGACAAACAACGUCGAGAUUUCAGAACAUGAAAAGGUUCAAUUCCAAUCCCAACCUUCUUGGCGGUAUGACCAAUCUAUCAUUAGCUGGUGAAAUAGAUACUGCUGAUCCUUCUACACAGUCAAUGUCGAUGGAAAUAUGUAUUUACCAUCUAAGGGGGAAAUGUGGAUUUGGUAAAAAUUGUCGUCGACACCAUAAAGAUUCCAUGUAUCAUUGGCAAUUUAGACAGCAAGGUGGCACUUCAGAUGAAUCUUGGACUGACUUUAGACCAUCAGCGAGCUUUGACCUUGAACUGAACUUCAGUGAUGUUGAAAAAGAAAUAUGUUAUAUUCAAUUUAGUAAACAACAUGUAUUACAAGUUGACUUUGGGAAGAUGAUUGGUGAGAUGAAGGGAUCACCCACACUCGAUGUUAGACGACUCACGACAGAAUCAUCAGCAGUACAGAAGUUCCAACCAUUAGCUACAAAGUGGAGAUGGUAUUGGAAAGACCAGACAAAUAAAUGGAUCAUUUAUGGAGGGCAGAACGAGACAGGUUACAAAGCCAUGAUUGACAGUGAAAGUUUGGAGCAACACUACCAAGAAAAUCCAAUAGGACAAAUGAAAUUUGCAACAAUGGGUCAUGAGUAUAUCAUGGACUACCAAAAAAUGGUACAGAAAAAUGUAGUUCAUAAGACAGAGAGAAAAGUGAGAAGACGUCCAACAUUGGUUCAGGCAGCGGAAAUAGAGAAAAGGAAAAAGAAAUCAGCUGAUACUGGGAAUACCAAGACCACAGCUACUUCAUUGGUUGUUCAUGCACCACUUGACAACAAUCCACUAUCCUAUAUACCACUCCAUUGGUCAUUUGAUAGACAAAAAAGUCCAGCAGAAAUCAGCGAUCAUUUUCACAUGGCAGCAUGUUCUAAAAAAAGUGAUGAAUAUAAGAAGAUGAAAAAGUUUUUCUAUGCCACCAUGCCAUCAACAGCUGAAAUAGUACAGAUAAAGAGAAUAGAAAAUGGGGAACUAUGGAUUAACUUUGUUAGCAAAAGAGAGAAAAUGAAAAGAAAGAAGAAAGAAGAAGACAUAGCUGAGUUAGAGUUAUUCCAUGGAACAAACGAAAAGUUCAUUAAUGCUAUUAGUAAGCAAGGAUUUGAUUUCAGAUUUAGUGGAAGCAAGACAGGAAAUAAAUAUGGUAAAGGUAGCUACUUUGCUAAGUAUGCUAAGACAGCCGAUAGCUACACUGAUUUUGGUGUCAAGAAACACAUGUUUGUAGUACGUGUAUUACCCGGUGAUUAUGCCCCUGGGAGUUCGUCAUUUGUUCGACCUCCACCAAGAAACCCCAGUGAUCCUUUUGAAUUAUAUGACUCCUGUGUUGACAAUUUACAGAAUCCAAUCAUAUAUGUGAUAUUUACUUUUGAUCAGGUUUAUCCUGAAUACAUUAUAGAAUAUAGAAAAUUAGGAAUUUAAUUCAAAACACAGUUUAAGUGGAAUGAAACUAUGGUUAAAUUUCAGUGUUCAAGGAACAGUUAGAUUAGAGAUCUGUGUCACAAAGUUGAAUUUUUAUAGUUAUGUAUCUGAUUUACUGUUUUUACAAACAUAUUAAUCUGGCCAAAAUUCAGUUUUUAUCCAGAUCUGUUUUCUAAAUUUUUAUUUGUUUAAAAGCUUGUUAUGUUAUGGAUUAUAAUUUGUUUUGUUUUGUGUUAGCAUGUUUAUGAAAAUUCUAUUUUAAUAUCAAAAGACUAGUGGCGUUAAGGUUGGUUUUGCUUUGACAAGAAAAUAAAGUUUUUGAGAACUAUUUCAAAUUUGCACAUAAUGUUUAGAAAUGUGUAAAAUCAAGAAUUAUAAAUGAAAUAUUUUAUGUAGUCACAAUUACAUCAUAAUGUACCAAUUUCAUGAAAACGAUAAAAAGCUGCAGAAUUUAUGCAGUUUUCCGUUGUUAUUUCCUUUCUGGAGAUAUUGUGCUCAGCCAAGAAACAGCAAAAUAAUUUAAGAGAAGCUUCAUUAUAACUAUGGACAUUAUUUCACCAAAUAUAAAGUUGUUUGUUUGGUGUGCAAAUACUUUUCAAAUCUAACAUAUACUUAAAAGUUGCUGUAAAACAAGGAAAAUCAUGAAAUUUUGUCAUGGUUACUUUAAAACCUAAAGGUCACCAGGCAAGUGAUAUUUAUCUGUUAAAUUAUUUCAGCCAAACGUCAGAGGAAGGGACUUGAAACAACUUUCAGGGUGUUUGAGAAAACUUUUUAUAUUUGAAUAAAAAUUUUAUUUUAGUAACAGAAAUAUGGGCAUCUAAAAGGACAUUAUAAAAAUGUUUAACACAUGACAAGGCACUCUCGAAUAAUUGAUUUGUUUUGUUUAUAAUUAGAAAGGCCAUGUGCACAGAACAUGCAGACCUUGCUAAGUGAUGAACCGGUGAAUUAAAUAAUAUCUCAGGGUAACAUGAAUGAGGGUCUGGAUGGGGGUCUUUCAGAUCUCUAUUCUUUAAAUUUUCAAGUCAUUUUUCUCUAUUCUUUAUUUUUUGCCCAUUAUACUCUAUGCUUGAUCUUUUUUGUCUAUUUUUGUCUAUAUUUGUUUAUCCUUUACAUUAUUUAUCCUGUAUUCUGCACUUUUUUUUCCAUUAUUCUCUAUUCUGCAAACCACAUCCAGACCCUCAUACAGAGUUGAAUUUCAUCUAAUGACAUUGAUUCUUUUGAUCAGCACAUAUAUUUGAAUUUUAGUUUUUCUCAUGGUGAUGCAGAAUUUCACUGAUACACUUUUCCCUAAACCUCUUUUUCUAAUUGCUUCAUAGUUUUCAUGUAAUUUGUUUCCACUAAAAUCAAGCAAUAUAAUGCUGUUACUUUUAGCUUGAAUAUUGUUAACACACACAUACACACACGUUUUUCCACAGAAAAUGAUUUGAUAAAUAUUUUAUAAUUCUUACAAGAUAGAUAUAUUGCAGAAAUUCAAACAUAUAUGUGAAGCAUAAAUUUAUUCCAAUAUUAAAGAUUUUUUUGGAAUUUUUUUUUCAAUUGGACAAUUUUUAAAAGUGGAUUGCAAAAUCUUUUUUUCCUGAACCACAGAGCCAAGGGGAAUUUGGGCUCUACCAGUUAACAUAACUAAUAAUUUAGCUUUAAUGCUAAAGAGUCAGAACAACAUAUGUAGUUGAAACCUUUGAUUUUUAGUUUAGAGACAUCAUGCACACAAAGUAAAUUUGAUUUUUAGUUUAGAGACAUGCACACAAAGUAAAUUUGAUUUUUAGUUUAGAGACAUGCACACAAAGUAAAUUUAUAAGAGAAUGCAAUGGAUUGUAAUUGUUGCAAUGUGAUUUUCAAGUUUUCAAUUUUAGUUAUUUUAAAAUAUAUAAAUACCUUUUUAUUGUUCUAUUACUGUAGAUUUAGGAAUUAUUGCGUGCAUUUUUUAUUGCGAUUUUGUCAUUUUGGACUAAAAUGCGUUUUUAAUUUUUUGCGAUAUUGAGAAAAAUCCUGUUUAAUUCAUAUAUAAAAUUUUCAAAAUGAGAUUUUGAAUUAUUGCGAUUAUAACCCUGUUGCAUUUUUCGCAAUAAUAAAAACAUCACAAAAAUUUCUGAAUUUACAGUAUUUUAUUGAUCAUAGUUUUUGUCAUUGAAGGAAUUUGGUGUCGUUGGCAGAGUUAAGUUAUAGCUAGCUAUAAAACCUGGUUUAAUCAACCAUUUUCUACAUAAGGAAAUGUCUGUACCAAGUCAGAAAUAUGACGGUUGCUUUCCAUUCGUUUGGUGUAUUUGAGCUUUUGAUUUGGCCAUUUGAUAAGGGACUUUCUGUUUUGAAUUUUCCUUGGAGUUCAGUAUUUUUGUUAUUUUACUUUUUUUAGUGCCAGUUAAGUAUUCAUUUCAUUAAGAUAUGAGUUCUUCCCAAGGAAGGCAGAGAAUUUUAAAUUAAAGUGCACCACAAAUGUUUACACUUCAUAUAGAAUUUUGUUAUUAAAUUAAAUUUUGUUUAUUCAGAAUUAAAAAAAAAUCAUGAUUUAUUUUUCAUUUCCUACCACUGGGUUAGUGAUUGUAACUAUCAGAUAGUCUUACCAGCCUAGCACAAUACAAACAUUAGAAAAAUUAAAAUACAAAAAUUAUGUAAAACUGCUCUAUGAAGGUUGGUAAUUUUAACAUAUUCUUUCAUGUAAAACAAAACUUCCAUGAAGUUUAAAAAAAAACCCAAUAUUACUGACAUAUUUUUAUUUUUCCCUAUUGCAAAUGUAUCAAAGCCUUUAGAUAAACUAACCUGGCUAUUAUAUUGCCAAAAAUACCAGUGUUAGAAAAUUGUCAAGUGGUUACCAAAUCUCAAUGACAUUUUGAAUCCUUUGUCUUUCAAAUGAGCAAUACAAUGUGAAACAGUAUUGACGCCCCUUAAAUUCUGAAAAUAUUUUACAUGAGCAAAUUGCAACCAAACAAUCCAACUAUUAUAUUAUAGGUUUUGGGGUUAUUUUUUGUCGAUCAGUAUAAUGAGUGUCAUAAGUAUAAAAGUUUGACAUAAGUCGUACCAUAUCAAGCAGUAUUAAACUACUUUGGAACUCUGGGUUUAAUUUUAAAAUGAUAUUUGUUUAGCCUCCUGUCUUUAUGAAGUGUGCAAAUGCCUUCAUCAUUGAUCCUUUACAUUUUUCACAUGUUUAGGUCUUAUACAUCCCUGGCUUUCAAAAUGUUUGGAUUUGAGCAUUCCUGAUGAGGAUAGAUACAGGAAAAGAGGUUGGAGGCACAAAAUUUAUGAAGUGGGUUUGUUUUUCAUUUUCUAGCACUGGAUCUAUACCACUGCUGGUGAACUGUAAGUCCCAGAGGGUAUCACAGUGGUCAUGGCUGACAUGAUUUUUAACAAACUUUUCUGAAAUUAUAAGUCGAUAGAUUAAGAAAUUAUUGAAAAACUCUGGUUCCAUUACUCCCUCAACAAAGUUGACACAAUUAAUAAAGUGAUAUUUCAUUUACAAACCGGUUUAAUCUUUUGAAGUGAAAUAGAGGCAUUUAAGUUUAGGUCUUUUUAUUCUAUUCAUGUAAUUCAAUUGUGUUUAAUGUUGUUAGAUUAUUUCCAUUGUAAUUAAAUUAGAAUCAAUGUACUUAAAUUAUUUUCAAUGUAAUUCACUAUUGUAUUCAAUGUAAUUCACUAUUGUAUUCAUUGUUAUUCAAUUAAAUUCAUUGUAAUUCAAUUAUUUUAAUAAAUUCAUUGUAAUUUAAUUGUUUUCAUUGGGAUUCAAUUGUUUUCAUUGUUAUUCAACUGUUAUCAAUGUAAUUCAUUUAAUUAUUUUUGUUUUAUUGGGAUUAUUUGUAAUUUGUAAUAUACAUGUUAUUACUAAUAUAUUGCAGUAUGCAAAAGUAUAUUUAUGAAUACAUGUAUUAUGCAUCAUGACACUGCUAUAUUUUACAGCUGAUAGAUAGUGAUCAUUUAAUCUGAUCAUUCAUUUAACCAUCUACACUUUAUAUGCAAAUUAUACUAAAUUCUAUUUCAAUGAAACUCUCAGAAUCUGAAGUAUAGUAUGGCAAUGUGAACUUUGUUUUAUUUGUAAUUUUUCAUUCCAGUUUUUUGGGGGGUGUUUCUCAUAGAAAAACAUGAACUUUGACGUAUAAAAAUAGGAGCAAUCAUACUCAAUCACACACUUUUGUCGACUUAAUACCAUUGAACACCUAUUUUUUCUCAAAUAUCUAAAAUAGACUUUGUCAUAUAUGUACAAAUGGGGAGAGUAGAUAUGAAUUUAUAAGCUCUGCUGAGUUUUUAACUGCAUACUAAUUUUCAUAAAUUUCAUGGUCAACCUCAUACAUUAAAUACUUUGACACAUUCCCUAUUUUCAUUCUCAAUUCUACUAUAUUAAAUCAUCUACAAGGUGUUAAAAAUUUGUUUUAGUCCUAAAAUAGACUUUGUUAUAUCUAUACAAUUGUGAAAGACGGGGACUCGGUGGUCAAGUGGUCUAAAUAGUCAAACUACUGUACCACUAACCUGUCAACACUUAAGGUAUGACUUUGAACCCCGCACGUAGCAGGUGUGGUCAACUCUAAUCUUAAUUGACUAGGAUUGACACCAAUCAAUCAAUCAAUGGGGGAGAUUAGAUAUGGAUUUAUAAGCCAUGCUUAGGUUUGAAUUGCUUACUAAUUUUCAUGAAUUUCUUGGUUAAAUACAUACCUUAAUUUCUAGAUUAAAUGAUCUACAAGGUGUUAUUAAACACCAUUUUUGAGUUCCAGAAUUUUGAAAGCCUGAAGGAUUGGCCCAAUGAUGUUUAAUCCAACAUUGUAACAUUUUGAAAGUACAAGAAACCUUUUAUUUUCUGUAAAUUUUCACAGACUUGUUAGUGGUGAAUAAAGGAAUAAUCCCUAAUAAAUAUAAAAAGUUAUGUAUCAUUGAAAAAUAACUUCGUCUCAGAUGGUACAUAAUAGCUAUACAAACCACCAUGAAUCUGGAUCAUGUUAAUAUUUAUGUAUGUAUUAAUGACAAUCAUAUUCAUGAUACUUGUAAGUGCAAUAUGGUUCUGAAAGGAGGCAAUGGACAUUUAAUUAGGUCUUGAAGGGUUAAUUUAAUAAAAUUUGUUUUCUCAAUUUACUACCACAUGUAGUGUGUGCUUAAGGAUGCUUUAUCCAUGUAGUGCCAUUAAAAAUAUUUCCCCACUAAUCCCUACUUUUCUUUUGAUAAUUUUAUUACAUAUAGUUUUAAAAGCCAUAUUUGGAAAUCCUGGUUAUUUUUUCAUAUUUUUUGAAAGAAAAAGGGUGUCAAUGUUAAAUGUAUGAAAAGUCAAGAGAGAAUUAUUUCCUGUCAAAUUUUCAAUGGCAUAUAUCUUGAAAACAAGCACACAGACCCUUCAUUUUUUUCUGCUUUUUUAUUUCCUUUAUUUAUAUACUAUUAAUUUAUAUACAGUCUUUUAAAAACCUUGUUAUUUUGAAACAAGAGUAGCGAACAUCCUUAAAAGAUGUUGUUCACAAUAUUUCGUUCAAAUACAUAUAAAUGUACAAUUCUAGUUUACAAUUUAUGUUCCAUUCAUCCUGAUGGCUAGGAUAGGUAUAAUGAAGCUUCAUUUAUUUUAUAUUUUAGGAAUAUAUGUGCUUGUUGCAAAUUUUAUCUGACAAUAAAAUACAAAUAUGCAAUUCAAACAAGUUGAGAUUGUUCUUGAACCAGCUUAGACUUAGGUAAGCUGUUUCCGGCAGCAGUGUCGUCAACAAUUUGUUAAAGUUUGUGAUUAGGUCAGUUAAAGGGGAACCACUUAUGGUAAAUCAAUGAUGUUUGGUAUGCAGUUGUAUAAACAUUGGCACAUUUCAUUUCCAUUGAGAUUUUUAAGCCCUGCUUCCUCCUCAGCCAUGAAUAAUUGACUUUUUUUUUCAUAGUUUGCAUGUUUAAGUUUGUGAGACAUAUCUUAUUUCCACUGAAAUUAUUUGGCACUCAUGUACCUUCAGUAACAGUUCAUUGACUUUGAAUAUUUUGCAUAUUUGCAAGUUAAAGUAUUGCUGUUUUAAUCUUAACAUUUAUUUUACUAUCAAAUUACAUACAGGCGAGACAUCUUUAUGUCAACAGUUUGUUUUAUCAUUUUAUGUAUUGUCAACAUUUGUAAAUUCAUUUUAACAAAACUAUAGAUUUAAUGAGAACAAUGA